GAAGGAAAGCUUGUGCGGAAGAAGAAGAAGUCCAUCCGUCUUUACCGGUGGGUGACUAGCGCGCAUUGAAGGAGAAAUGGCUUCAAGGUUACUGCUCCGCUCCGGCCUGAGAGCCGUGGCUGCCUGCCGGGCGGCCCGGGCUCCGGCUCCCGCUCUGAGCCGCAGCAUGGCGGCUGGAGGGAUUCCCACUGAUGAGGAGCAGGCCACCGGACUGGAGAAGAUCAUCAUGAAGGCCAUGAAGGAGGGAACGGAUCCUUACAACAUGUUGAAGCCAAAGAGCUACGCUGGUUCCAAGGCCGACCCCCACCUGGUCCCCUCCAUCACCAACAAGAGGAUCGUGGGCUGCGUCUGUGAAGAGGACAACACCGCUGUGGUCUGGUUCUGGCUUCACGAGGGCGAGGCCCAGCGCUGCCCAUCCUGCGGCGCCCACUACAAGCUGGUGGCCCACGAGCUCCCCCACUAAUUUAUAAGCGGGUCUUUUAAAAGACAAGUAUACAGUACUGCUUUGACUUUUCUUUGAAAUGUUCGUUUAUCUGCAGAACUAGAAACCUCAGAUUUACCUUCUCACUUUGCCUGGAGCCUUUGUCUUCUCGGCUUGGUGUAUUUCCUGGUCUGACGUUCGUCUCGUCUGUUUUAGCACUUGAUCCACCUGUUAACCUCAGCUUUGCUUUAAACGUUACAUUUCCAAAACGCUCAGAUGUGUUUUCGGGACCUUCACCUUCAGUUUACAUUGACAGUUGUACUGUAUGAUGUUACACUCGGACCACUCCUCUUAAUGAACCAAUAAAGUGCUAAACUCAUA